CGCACGGCACAGAACCUACCAGCGCCCAACUAGCCAGCAUUUUUAUUCAAUGCAUCCCCGCUCCCCUUCCUCCCACCUCAAGUAGUAGCGCAGCGUCUCAUCUCUUCAAGUACGCAACAACCAUUCUCCCUCCCCCGGACGCUCGUUCUUCCCUUCUCUCCCGGACGCUAGUUCUUCGCCAUCCACCUCCCCAAGGAUCCUCACCAGCAUGGACCCAACAGCACCAGCGUUUAAUCGGGUUGCUGCUCCAACAGUUGAGCAUCUCGACCAGCGCGCACUACUAAUAAGGGAUAAAUUCAGUGCUGAUGGUUGGCUUUGUCCGCGUUGUUAUCAAGUAAACAACCCCAUAGACAAUCUACUCUAUAGGGUUCCAGCUUUCGAGUGUACUAAUCCCGAGAAGUGCAAUGCUAAGUGCCCUGGGACAGUUGAAUUGAGCAUUACUGACUGCAUAAUGAAUACCGUCAGGACCAAUUUUCUGAUUAGAAGUCAAGGCGAUAACCGGAACUGCACAGCACAUGCAGUCUUGGCCGGCAUGGAUGCUGCACUUAAAAUCGAAGGGGCCCUCCGCGGCGUGCCUGUGUUACAGGCACUCAAUGGUACAAGCCUAUUAAGAGACUACCACCGCUUCUAUCCGGAUGGUGUUGGGCAUGAACUACAGCGGGAAUGGAGAGGAUAUCACAGAUAUGAACAGCUGCUGAGGGUUGCCCAGGCGUUCGGAGUUGAGUAUGUGUCUCCUAUGAGAACAAUCACAAGGGCGCUGAGACUGCAAUCCUGGUUUCGACUGAUAACUAGGCAGACUAGUCUGGACUAUCUAGUGCGCCUGAUCGCUAAUGGCUAUCCGUUAUUAGCCACCAUGGAGAUUGGUCGCUGGUUCAGGCUGGCAGAGGAUGGACAGUUGUACAUGGGGCCUCCUGCUGAAUUUCCCGGUAAUCAUGCUGUGUUGCUGAUUGGAAGCGUAGCAAAACAAUUGGCGCUCCCAAAUAACAUAACCGGGCAGAGUGAGGUGGUUCCCAGCCUUCUUUUUAAGGCAAGGAACUCACAUGGGUCUACAGCUCACAGGUCUGCUGCACAAGGAGGUUAUGGUGGGGAUGUGUACCUAUUGGCGCAGGAUUUAGGUCCAUACUUGUAUGGAUUUCGUAUUGAGACCCCAACCUGGAUGCUUCCUAAUGCUGCCUGAGUCGCACGGAACAACACGUCUGCUUGGUGGAAAAUGUUUCAGUUUGUGUUUGGUUGCUGAGAUGGUGGUCAACUGGUCAUGGUAUCUUCUAUCCGUAGCUUAUCUUAUCCGUAUGGUGAUCAUGGUAUCUUCUAGCCGUACUUUUAUCUUACCUGCGCUGUGUCGCAGUUCGGUCACUAGUUGACCCUUGUAUCGAACUCAUUUUACCGUUCCUAGAACUUGUAAGGCCUCAGUUUAACCCGGGGUGUCAGUCCCGUUUCUAGAAAAAAAAACGUUGUAUGGUGAUGCUGGCUGGCAUUGUAAUAUUGACAAUUGAUCUCUGCCUAGUUACUA